AUGGGGAUGAUUUGUGGCAGUCCCUCCCGUCCGACGGAGCCCUCCCAAAAGAACAGCAAAGCCGUAACAAAACCAUUUAGCCGAAGCAAUGUUGUCAUUGCAUUUGGCAAAGGGGCCACAGAAGAAUACCAGAACUUCAAUCCACUUCACGGAAAAGUUCAAUAUGGGAAAUUGUUUCCAGACUCGACAGAACAUCCAUUAAUCCAGAAUAAGUAUUUCCUUGUAGCUGACCGUGAAGUGGACAUGGAUGGCCGGCUGUUGCAUGAAGCACAUAAUGCUCAAGUCUACCAGAAGUUGUCCCACGCACCCGUUUAUGGGAUAGCCCAACCAAACAAAGAUGAACUGAAGAAAUUAUUAGACUCCUUUCAAAUUCCAAAUACAGCAAUUUUAUUGGUCAAUUUACGUGAAGAACCAGUUCUGUUUCUUUCCGGAGAUGAAUUGUCUUCCAAUACAGUUACAUUUUCCAUUCGGGAGAAGGACAAGUUACAGUCAUUCAUUGUUCAUGGAAUCACAGCCAAACAUGCCAGCCUGAACGAAAUCGCCAUUCGAAAAGAGGUGCUUAACCAUGCUGCCAUGGAAGAGAGCAGCAAAUUCUGCUUCUACAACAGUUUGUCAAAUGCCCAAAAAGAACCGCACAAAUACAGUAUCUUGUGUGAAGAUUUCCUUCUCACCUCAGACGAGAUUUAUCAUCAACUUCAGUUUGAAUAUCAAAAUCUCAAAUGUAAACGGGUUUGUUUGCCAUUGUAUGGAGCACCAACUGAAAAACAAUUUGAUGAUUUCAUUGCUAUGAUGAAAGGAGAUAUUUAUGAUGGAAAGUCUAAAAUGCAGAUGCACACUAUUUUUAUUUGUCACAAUGGCCGUGAACGAAGUACAUUGGCGAUGAUUAUGAGUGGCCUGAUGUAUGGGCACAUUUUUGGAUUUCCACACGAAGUCAGUUCUUCUCCCUACAAGAGUAACACCAAGAAGCCAAACUAUGAGUUUGGUGAAUUCAAUGUUAUUAAGAUGCUGAUCGCUCAACUGCCAGACGGAUUAAUUGUAAAACACCAGGUGGAUUCUCUCAUUGACGAAUUUAAGGAUAUGUAUAGCCUGAGGAAGGAGAUCUUCAAUGCCAAAACAGAGUUUGACAAACUACAAAUUGCAGAUCAAUAUACCAAAGAAGGAAAGGCAAAACGAAAAAUGUUGACACCUUUUUUUCUUCUUUUUUUCUUCUUUCUUUUUUUCUUUCUUUUUUUUUCUUUCUUUUUUACUUCUUUCUUUUUUUCUUCUUUUCUUUUUUUUUCUUUCCUUUUUUCUUCUUUCUUUUUUUCUUCUUUCUUUUUUUCUUUCUUUUUUUCUUCUUUCUUUCUUUCUUUUUUCUUUCUUUCUUUUUUCUUUCUUUCUUUUUUCUUCUUUCUUUUUUUCUUUCUUUUUUUCUUUCUUUUUUCUUUCUUUUUUCUUUCUUUUUUCUUUUUUUUUUUCUUUCUUUUUUUCUUUCUUUUUUUCUUUCUUUUUUUCUUUCUUUUUUUUCUUUUUUUUUCUUUCUUUUUUUUCUUCUCUUUUCUUUUCUUUCUCUUUUUCUUUCUUUUUUUUCUUUUUCUUUUUCUUCUUUCUUUUUUUUUCUUCUUUCUUUUUUCUUUUUCUUCUUUCUUUUUUCUUUUUCUUCUUUCUUUUUUCUUUUUCUUCUUUCUUUUUUCUUUUUCUUCUUUCUUUUUUCUUUUUCUUUUCUUCUUUCUUUUUUCUUUCUUUCUUUUUUUUCUUCUUUCUUUUUUUUCUUUUUUUCUUUUUUCUUCUUUCUUUUUUUCUUCUUUCUUUUUCUUCUUUCUUUUUUCUUUCUUUUUUUUUCUUCUUUCUUUUUUCUUCUUUCUUUUUUUUUUUUUCUUUUUUUUUUUCUUCUUUCUUUUUUUUCUUUCUUUUUUUUCUUUCUUUUUUUCUUCUUUUUUUUUUCUUCUUUUUUUCUUCUUUCUUUUUUCUUCUUUCUUUUUUUCUUCUUUCUUUUUUCUUCUUUCUUUUUUUCUUCUUUUUUUUUUUCUUUCUUUUUUCUUCUUUCUUUUUUUCUUCUUUUCUUUUUUCUUCUUUCUUUUUUCUUCUUUCUUUUUUCUUCUUUCUUUUUUCUUCUUUCUUUUUUUCUUCUUUCUUUUUCUUCUUUUUUUUUUUCUUCUUUCUUUUUUCUUCUUUCUUUUUUCUUCUUUCUUUUUUCUUCUUUCUUUUUUUUCUUCUUUCUUUUUUUUCUUCUUUCUUUUUUCUUCUUUCUUUCUUUCUUUCUUUUUCUUCUUCUUUUUUCUUCUUUCUUUUUUUUUUCUUUCUUUUUUUCUUUCUUUUUUUUCUUUUUUUUUUCUUCUUUCUUUUUUUCUUCUUUCUUUUUUUCUUCUUUCUUUUUUUCUUCUUUCUUUUUUUCUUCUUUAA